UCCUUGAUGCCUCUUGCACGGCACUAUUUGUGGCCAGUCUGGGUGGAAGGACACAGUGAGGUGCCGCGCCCCUCCUCCCUCGCCAGCCCCACCGAAGCCAAUCCAGGGCGGCGCAGGGAUCUCUUGCCGUGCCUGGGUGCUGAGGCCAGGACUGUCACUCAUUCUCUGAUCAUCUCCUGAAAGCAUCUAGGAGCCGCUGCCAAAAUAACAAUAACAAUAAUCCAAACCACACGCUAAUUCUGGGGACUUUCCUCCUUCUUCGUCUGAACGCCUCCUGCUCGCCUUGCACCUGAAUCUCCCGCCUUCAGCCGCCCAGGUUCCUACUGAAGGGCGGGGGGGAUCUAUCUGGCAGCAAAAGUUCCUCUCGCCAUCCCGCUGAUGACAAUGCUGGGAAGCCAGAACCUCGCCUGGACUUUGCUCUUCUUCGGGACCGCAGUUUCUCUACAAGUGAACAUUGCUCCAAAUAAGGUGGAGGUCCCUGUUGGAGAGUCCAAAUUCUUCUUGUGUCAAGUGACUGGUGAUGCCAAAUCCAAAGAAAUCUUCUGGUUCGCCCCCAAUGGUGAGAAGCUGACAACAAAUCAACAGCAUAUCUCAGUGGUACGGACAGAAGACUCCUCCACGCUCACCAUCUACAAUGUCAACAUAGAUGAUGCUGGUAUCUACAAGUGUGCCGUCUCCAGUGAGGAAGGGGAAGUUGAGGCUACACUCAAUGUGCAGAUCUUCCAGAAACUGACGUUCAGGAAUGCUCCCAGUCCACAGGAGUUCAAAGAAGGAGAAGAUGCAGUCAUAGUGUGUGAUGUGGUCUCCUCAUUACCCCCUACCAUCAUGUGGAAGCAUAUGGGCAGAGACGUUGUCCUGAAAAAAGAUGUGCGAUUUGUCGUUCUGUCCAACAACUACCUACAGAUCAGAGGGAUCAAGAAAACAGAUGAGGGUAUGUACCGCUGUGAAGGGCGGAUCUUGGCCCGUGGAGAAGUUGACUUCAGAGACAUCCGGGUGAUUGUCAAUGUGCCUCCUACUGUCCGUUCCCGGCAGGGCACUCUGAAUGCCACGGCAAACCUCAGCCAGUCAGUCACCCUGGUGUGUGACGCUGAUGGCUUUCCAGAGCCAAUCAUCAGCUGGACAAAAGAUGGUGAAUCGAUUGAGCGAGGGGAGGAUGAAGAGAAGUAUGGGUUCAGUUACGAUGGCUCAGAACUGACCAUACGCAAGGUAGAGAAGAAUGACGAGGCGGAGUACGUCUGCAUAGCAGAGAACAAGGCUGGGGAGCACGACGCCACCAUCCACCUCAAAGUCUUUGCAAAACCCAAAAUCACCUAUGUGGAGAACAACACGGCGAUGGAGCUGGAUGACCACAUCACCCUGACCUGCGAGGCCUCUGGGGAUCCCAUCCCCUCCAUCACUUGGAGGACCUCUACCCGGAACAUCAGCAAUGAAGAGAAGGCUUCAUGGACCCGGCCCGAGAAACAAGAGACCCUGGAUGGGCGCAUUGUGGUGCGCAGCCAUGCGCGGGUAUCUUCUCUGACACUGAAGGACGUUCAGUACACAGAUGCUGGGGAGUACGUCUGCAUAGCCAGCAACACCAUUGGACAGGAUUCGCAAGCCAUGUACCUGGAAGUGCAGUAUGCACCCAAAUUGCAAGGCCCUGUGGCCGUUUACACUUGGGAAGGCAACCAGGUGAACAUCACCUGCGAGGUAUUUGCCUACCCUAGUGCCGUCAUCUCCUGGUUCCGGGAUGGGCAGCUGCUGCCAAGCUCCAACUACAGCAACAUCAGGAUCUACAACACGCCAGCUGCCAGUUACUUGGAGGUGACUCCAGACUCAGAGAAUGAUUUUGGGAACUACAACUGCACAGCGGUGAACCGGAUUGGCCAGGAGUCCUCAGAGUUCAUCCUCGUACAAGCAGAUACACCCUCCGCACCUUCCAUUGAGAGAGUAGAACCAUACUCCAGCACAGCCCACGUGGAGUUUGACGAACCAGAGGCCACUGGUGGAGUGCCCAUCCUCCGGUACAAGGCCGAGUGGCGAGCUCUGGGGGAGGAAGACUGGCACACCAGGAUGUAUGACGCCAAGGAAGCCAACACAGAAGGUGUGGUCACUGUUGUGGGCUUGAGGCCAGAGACGACGUACGCAAUCAGACUCUCUGCCAUCAAUGGUAAAGGGGCAGGCGAGAUGAGCACCCUCUCCAAGUUCAAGACACAACCAGUUCGCGAGCCCAGUGCACCCAAGCUGGAGGGCCAAAUGGGAGAAGAUGGCAACUCGGUGAAAGUGAACCUCAUCAAGCAAGAUGACGGAGGCUCUCCCAUCCGCCAUUAUCUCAUCAAAUACAAAGUCAAGCAUUCCUCAGACUGGAAGCCUGAGAUCCGUCUCCCUUCAGGCAGCGACCAUGUCAUGCUCAAGUCUCUCGACUGGAAUGCCGAAUACGAGGUCUACGUCAUUGCAGAGAACCAGCAGGGGAAAUCCAAGCCUGCCCAUUAUACCUUCAGAACUUCGGCACAGCCAACCAUAAUCCCAGCUAGCACAAGCCCUACCUCAGGACUAGGCACGGCUGCCAUUGUGGGCAUCCUCAUCGUCAUCUUCGUCGUCCUGCUGGUGGCUGUGGAUGUCACCUGCUACUUCCUGAACAAGUGCGGUCUCUUGAUGUGCAUUGCCGUCAACCUGUGUGGCAAAUCUGGGCCUGGGGCCAAGGGCAAAGACAUGGAGGAGGGCAAGGCUGCCUUCUCGAAAGAUGAAUCAAAAGAGCCCAUCGUGGAGGUCCGGACAGAAGAGGAGCGGACACCAAACCACGACGGAGGCAAACACACAGAACCUAAUGAGACCACCCCACUAACGGAGCCAGAGCACCCUGCUGACACUGCUGCCACCGCAGAGGAGAUGCUGCCAUCCGUCACCACAGUCACCACUAACUCGGACACGAUAACUGAGACUUUUGCCACUGCUCAGAAUAGCCCCACCAGUGAGACCACCACCCUCACCUCCAGCAUCACUCUGCCGGCCACACCCAUGCCUGACUCCAAUUCCGUGGCCCCCAAUCAGAGCAUGCCUCCUAAGGCGGCAGCAGUUGCUUCGCCGCCACCCACCUCCACCCCCAAAGUGGCUCCCCUGGUUGACCUCAGCGACACGCCGCCUUCGACUCAGGCCGCGGGCAACUUGUCAUCAAAUGUCCUGACCAACCAAGGGGCAGUGCUGAGCCCCAGCUCCACCACAAAAGCCCCCGAGGCUUCCAAGCCGCCAGCUGCGGCUAACAAAUCCCCUGCCCCACCACCCCCCAAUCCCACUGGCCCUCCAGCCUUGUCAGAGCCCAAGCAGGAGGCCUCCAGCACCAAGAGUCCAGGAAAGGAAGCCCCGCCAGCCAGUGCAGCAGCGAAGAGCCCGACGGAAGUGGCCAAGAUGGCAGCAAGCCAGAAGGGCGAGGCUGCCACAGGGGGCGCCGCAAAUCCCACUCCAAAUGAGGACUUUAAAAUGGACGAAGGGACCUUCAAGACCCCAGACAUUGAUCUCGCCAAGGAUGUUUUUGCCGCGUUGGGCACGGCGGCUCCUGCCACUGGGGCCGGAGGCCAAGCUGCUCCUUCUGCUCCGGAGAGUUCCGCACUGCCAGCGCCUGCAAAAACAGAGAAAGCCCCCGUAGAAGAAAAGUCAGCCGUUCAAGCCACAGAUGCCAAGACAGCCCCUGCAGAAGUCAAGACGGUGCCCAACGAAGCCACGCAAACAAAUGAAAAUGAAAGCAAAGCAUGAUGGGCGAGCAAGCCGAAGCAAAAAAAAUAAUAAUAAUGGGGAAAAAAUGACAGAACAACUUCACCUGAGCAUUUAAAACACAACACACAUCUCAUCCCUCUAGUGUCUUUGCCUUUUUUAAAAAGAAAACAAACAGACAAAAAAAUGCAUACAUGGGAGAAAUAUUUUUUUGUAGGUUUGUAGGAAGAAUUUUAUUUUAUGUGCACUUGCUUUUAAGAAAAAAAGAAAAUACAAUUUUUUUUUGUCAAGGAUAAGCCCAUAAUCCCAUUAGGACGCCCUAGUCCUUGCAAAAUAUCCAUGCAGAGUUUUAAGCAGACGCCAACUGCAGCAUGGGUUAGGAGAUUCAGAACAGAAUUAGGAAGCCAUGGCUCUAUCAGGUUGAGCUAACUGGUGCAGCCAGCUGUGAAUCAUUUAUUUUUUAUACUGUUCAGUUGAGUUCAGAAAAACCUGUAAACUCUCAGAAGUAAGUUAUCUCCCCCCACCCCCUGUUUGCUUUGAAUUUGUUCUGUACUCAGAGUGUUUUUGCCCUUCCUAACUGAACAUUGUUUUCCUUUCUGAAGCCUUUGGGCAUGGUUCCCCAUCAACCCCGUCUCUUGCAGGAGCCCCAUUGGAAUGACUGGGAAGUGUGCAAGGUUAUCACUGAAGGAGCCAUUUCAAGGGGGCUCAAGUGGGAAUCGUUCCUGGCCAAGUGUAGACAUUGUUUCGUUUUAGGAAGAAUGCCAUUGGGCAGCUUUGGAGCUCUAUUUUUCAAACUGCAGUAUUCCUUAUGUUGAGUUGUUUUUUGUUUCGUUCUGUUCUUUAAAAAAUUGUUUUGCCAACUUUUUUUUCCUUCCAGUGUUUACAAUCGACAAAAUGUUUUUUAAAACUUUUGUUGUGUUUAAAUGUCUAUGUAAAAUAGCUGCCUUUUUUGAAAAAGAGAGAGAAAGUAAAUACAGGCUAUAUAGAGACUAGAUUAAGCAGCAGCUUGCUUGCUUUGCAAAGGGAGACAUUUUAAAAUGUGGAUGUUUACAGUAAGCGUUUCCCCUUUAUCAUCUUUUCUUUCUUUUUAAUUACUUUGUUCUGCAUUUCUUACUGGAGUAAGAAAGUCAAGCCAACUCUAGAUUUGUUCUCCUUCUUUAUAUGGAUGGGCCACUUACAGCCUAGUGGUGUCCUGGUUCAGAGUAGCCUACUGGUAAGUAUGAGCUUAACUUUAAGCAGGUGAGUAGAGGGGUAAGGUUUUGAAAAGCAGCAGUAGCAUAAUCACCCCAAAGCCUCUCGUCCAGCCCAAGUUAAGCCAUUUCGAACCUUGUUGGUUUAAAUGGGGGGAAUUGUAGCAAGGGUGCUUAACUCUCCCAUUGAAAUCCAGGUGACUGCAAAAGAAAGGGGGAAAGGCACUUUAACUUUGCCUGGAUUGUGCCCAAACAGUUAAUCUAAUCUUAUUUUAAAGACUACUUAUUCCAUGACCUUAAACAUGUUCACCCUGAUUUGUCACCUCCACAUUUUGGCUCUUUAUUGUACCCGCGAGGCUUGAUAUGAGGAGAGACUGCCUGUCCUUUGGGAUAUCAGAAAUGCCUGUGUGCUCACCAGCAUUGAAGGAAACGGUGCAUCUCUUACUCAGUGUUCACAUGGCGCAGGGACCAUGGAGGUAUGGAAGAAAGUCCUUUUGCUUUAAGUGAAAAUUUCUCCCCAAAUGAAAGACUUUUGAGAUUUCAGUAAAUUCAGUUGAAUUUAGUGGCCAGUUUAUCAAGUUGCAUUUUUCCUGGGGAUUUUGGCAGAGUUGUUGGCUUUGUGAAUGCCCAACUGGAGGCAAGGCUACUCCUUCCUGCAUCUUGGUACAACUGUAAUCUCAAAGGAUUUUCCCCAGAUGCUCCCUUCACAGGAAGCUUGGGAACAGUUGUAAGACCUAUGCAACACCCCAGAUUUCCCCAAGACAUCCCCCCCAUCUGUUUAUUUAAAGCAGUUGUGUAAAUUGUGACUCUACUAACUAGAUUGAAAAAUUGGUAACAUUUGAAACACAAGGGAGGAAGUUCUGUUGAGAUCACUCGGACCAGAUUCCAAGUAUAUAAGUUGAGGACUGAAGCAUAUGGCCUGUACAUCCACCUUAAGGAAUUUAUAUAUUGUGUCGAAAACCUAUAGCCUUCAAAAGACAUUCUCUUAAUAAAAUGGGCUGAAACGUGCUUGUGGUUCAAUUUUAGUCAGUAGUGGGCCUCUCAUUGGUGUCAAAUUCCCAAGUCAAAAGAGUUCCCUCUAAAUCUGAUUGUCUGCAACUUCAGUGGGCCCCCACCCAGAUCCUUAGUAAUGGGAAGAUGAGGCAUUUAAGUAGCCAAAGCUUCAUUGCUUUAGGGAUUCUGCCCAAAGGCUCACACGUGUAGUGCACGGACUGCCAUCUUGCUAGAAUAUCUCUUGUGUAGGUUCCUCUGAAAUGAAUGGGUGUUGCAUAGGAGUUCUGGGCUGCUGCUGCACUCUUGUGCUGCUACCAUACAUCCCAGGGGGAUCUACACAGGAUGCUUUCCCACCACUGGAUCAUGUCCAUGUAUUGUCUUACCAAAAGCAGCAUGCUUAGAUCCAAGAGCUUGCUUAAUUAUUCUUUGAUGUACUCUGUCAAGCCAUUUGCAAAAUUGUGUGUGUCUGCGCAUGCUUUUGAGCAUUUUACCCCUUUAGAAAAGAAGUCACUGGCUUAAAAUUAAGCUCUUGCUCAGUGGCAGUGCUGUGUCAGGAUCAGAAUUGCAGACAGGAAAUAGAUGCUACAUUUUCCAAGAUAUUCUCUCCACUUCCCAGGAAUCUCUCCCUAAGCUUAGUCAAGCGAAAAAGGAGGUUGUACAGUCAGGGCUGGUCUCCAAAAGAAGAUUUUAAAAAAACAAAAAACCUCUCUCCAUUCUUAUUUAAAAUACAUUUCUUUCAUUCUAUAAAGCAUUAGAUUUUGAAAUCAAGUGUCAUUCUCCACUUACAGGAUUUUGUAUCAUUUUUUAGAGGAGGGCAAGGAAGAAGUAAUCCAAGUAUAGUUGCUGUGCAACUCAUGUUCAUUUCAGUGAGGCUUGUGCAAGACGCCCCUUGAAAUGAAUUAAUUUUGCAUAGUGGAGAUGUUUAUAAAUCCUACCCCAAUCUAAAACUCUAUGGGGUACCUAUUGCUUACUUUGGACAAUGUAUGUGCAGAUGGACACCAAAGUUCCUGGAUGGGGGCUGUCUUCUUUUGUCUAUACAGGGUAAAAUUCACCAGUGGACUGAUAGAUCAAUAGGACUGCCUGACCCACCCAGCUUCUGAUUCUAAAAACUAUUUGGAUGGACACCAUAGUCUCUUAAAUUGGGCAGGGAAGUCUUGAUUCCACACACACACCAAAAAAAAAAAAAAUCAGUUUUGAUCUGGAAGGUCUUGCUCUUGCCAAGGUAUUUAAGCUGACUUAUCAAAGCAUGUAAAAAUCCGCUCAACAUUACCCCGCUGAAUAGUCCCAUUAAACUUGGCCAACCCACUAGUCAUGUCUUACUGCUGCAUGAAAUGAGGCUCCCAUGUUCUACACAGGAUCAUACUUGGAAGUUACAAAAUGAUGCAAUGGCCUUGUGCUACAAGCUGUGGCUUUAGUGUUUUUAAACUGUAGAACAAUUGUAUAAAUCGGAACGUGGAGGGAAGGAUGUAGAGAUGGGGGAGACCAGCCCUUGUGUAUAGAACAUUUGCUUUUCGGGGUUUGUUUUUUUAAAAAAAGAAAAGAUUUUCAUUAGAUCUGCAAGCUUGUGCACUGUGGGUGCGUGAAUAUCUUAGUGUGAAAUGUGUUUUUUUGUCAUAGUAUCAAAAAAAUUAAAAUAAAUAAAAAAAGAGAAACACUUCGACAUAGUUCGGAUGUGGAGGGCGUAGCAGGAAUAGUUUGGAUGAUCAAGAAGAAAAAAAUCCAAAUGAAACCUUGAUUCAGGAAACGUAAAAUUAAAGAGAAUACAGUUGUUCUUGACCAGAAGAGUAGCCUUUAAAUAAAUAUAAAACCUGCAAAAUUGAAUGUGAUGUAAGAUUCCUUUGCGCUAAGGUCAUGGGGGCCAAAGGAAGAGAGGAGGUGGUGGUGAUGGUGGGGGAGACUGCCAUCUGGCCUAAACAAAUGGGAGCCACACAGUUUGGUACGAUACUCUCAUUUAUGCAGUCUUUCUAUGUGGCAUCUCUCAGUUAUUAUUUCAAACUGUGAGAGUCUUGUCAUUUUGCUAAAUGUGGGGCGGGGGGGGAGGGUUGCUUUUUUGUUGCUGCUGUUUUGGCUUUCUUUUCAACUCCUGGGGGUGGAAAUGGGGGUUCUCUUGAUAUAUAGACACACAUACACACACACCCAUUCAUACCUGCCUCUCUCACCCACCUUUCUAGGCAGCCCGGGGAGGAUGGCCUUGGGCUGCCUGCUGUGUGCCAUGGGCGGUCUUCAUUGAUGAGAGGGAACGAGUUUGGCCCUUAAAGGAAUCUUUAUGUGAAAGGGGCACAAAGAUGGCCAAGUUCUCUCAUGGGCUCUUGUCUCAAGGAAGAAGCCUUGAUGGAGUAGGCAGCGACUUAUGGGUAGGAAGAUAGGUAACCUUUAUUUGGGUUCCAAAAGGUAGGCUACCAUGAGGAUUGGUUCACCUGUGCAGAUUUGUUACUGGCAGCUUUGCUACUUCUGUCUCAUACCUCAUAAGUUAUUGCCCAUUAAGCACUGAAUAAUUAAUGGUAUGCAAGUACUGCCAUGCUUUACCAAGAAUUCCUUCCACACAACUCUUCCCCACCCCCCGCCCCGCACCCCAUUCAUUGAAAUGGGAGCCACACAGGUAACAUGUUUUGUGAACAGUCUCCUGUGAAUUCAUCCAGCAAAGCUGGCAGAAGGUGCCUUUCUGUGGGAGGCCAUUUUGUAGCCUAGUGAGCAGCUACAGCCAGAAUUAAGGCUCAGUAGACACCAGGGGGAAGAUUCCAGUGGUUUUCAAAGGGCUUUGACAGCAGCUUAGUUUUGCUAGAUGAACAAUUCUCACCAUUCCAGACAGAACAAAAAUGGCCGCCAUCUUGCCCCCUUUCCCUCACCAGGCAGGCAUUCCUCCGCAUGGUUGCCAUGGUGACAGGAGACAAUGGCUGUUUCAUUAAGAGCUCUUAGGCACAGGAGCAUUCCCUAUUUGCAUCCAUGGUACUUUUUCUUGUCCUGGAGCUCUUGAAAGAAACAGACGUCAUGUCCGCAUCCAAAAAAUGGCCACCCCGUUUCUCAGACACCAGUGCUUCUCUGUGGAUUAACUCUUGUGACCAUGUUGUCUCCUCCUUGGGCAGAGAAAUAAAUGUGUUUUGUUUUAAUUUAGAAAUAACUUCUUUUACCAGUUUUCUUUCCUUGAAAAGGUGUCUUCACGUUCGCUUUAUUUUUAUAUCUGUAUAUUUUUAUUUGUCAAGCGGACACAAACCUUUGAAGAGGGACCAACAAUACACUGUUUACGAUUUAUAUAUUUAUAUAUGUAUGUGUCAUACAUAUAUAUCUAUAUAGCCACCCAGCUUCUCGUAGUGCAGUAAAAUGUAUUUCAUGCAAUGUAUUAGGAAAAUAGCACAUUCUCUCUUGAUUUCUACCAUGGAGUUUUUUGAUUUUUGAACUGUGUGGGUUUCUUCUUCUUCUUCUUUUUAUUAUUCUGUGAAUGUCUUCAGACCCCCAGGGUUCACUUAGGCAAUGGUGAUAGUGGUUCUCAGUCCUCCAUCACAUCCCUACCCAGCAUUCCCUGUUUUAGGGGCCUUCUCUCUUGUUAUAAAAAACAAAAGACAAAAAACUUUUUACCAAGUGAAACAUGGAUUCCACCUUUAUUUCCAUUCUCACCUGUGUAAAUACUGAUACUAACGGAAAAUUUUGACUUUGCAUUCUGUCAAAUACUUGUGUUCAAAUAAAAAUUACCAAAAAAAAAAAA